UGGGAUAAAGAAAUAUCCACUCUGUAGUAAUGGCUCUAUACUACAAUCGUAAGAUAUUUAACGUCUGCAUGAAAAACUGCUUUACGAUUCAUCUAAACUUCCGAAAAUUUAAGAAUGUGAGAGCAGUUCUUCCUGUAGUUUUUUGGAGGAAUCAACAAGACAGACAAUUUUCAAGUACAGUGCUAACUCGGACAAAUCGAGUGCAAGCUAAGUAUGGAGGCCGAUUUAUGGUCACUAUGCUUCCUGGAGAUGGUAUAGGACCAGAAUUAAUGGGCCAUGUAAAAGAAGUGUUCAGAUAUGCUGGUGUUCCUGUAGAUUUUGAAGAAGUACAUUUAGAAUCAUCUCAAGAAGAUAUGAAACAUGUUCAUAAGGCUAUCACAUCCAUCCAACGCAAUGGUGUAGCUUUAAAAGGGAAUAUUGAAACCAGAACUAACUGUCCUAACUUUAAGUCCAGGAAUGUGGAGUUAAGGUUACAACUAGGCCUUUUUGCUAAUGUGCUACAUUGUCAAAGUCAGCCUGGUGUUCGAACAAGACACAGAGACAUUGAUAUUGUGUUGAUUCGUCAAAAUACUGAAGGAGAAUACAGUUGUUUAGAGCAUGAGAAUGUAAAGGGAGUGGUGGAGAGCUUAAAGAUUAUAACACGAGAGAAGUCUGAACAGAUUGCAAGAUAUGCAUUUGAUUAUGCCCAACAACACAACAGGAAGAAAGUAACAGCUGUUCAUAAAGCUAACAUAAUGAAAUUAACAGAUGGUCUUUUUCUGCAGUGCUGUAAGGAAGUAGCUGCUGAAUAUUCUGACAUUCAGUUCGAUAACAUGAUUAUUGACAACUGUAGUAUGCAGUUAGUGGCCAACCCUCAUCAGUUUGAUGUGCUUUUACUGCCCAACCUGUAUGGCAAUAUACUGAAUAACAUUGCUUGUGGACUGGUGGGUGGACCUGGUCUAACAUCAGGUAGAAAUUAUGGCAACGAGUAUGCUUUAUUUGAAACAGGAACGAGAAACACUGGAAAAUCGAUAGCAGGCAAAAAUAUAGCCAAUCCUAUUGCAAUGUUGAAUGCUGGAGUGGAUCUGUUGAAGCACUUGGGGCUGACUACACAUUCUAAGGUUAUUAGUGCAGCUGUUGACAAGACACUGAAUGUUGAUCAGAUCCACACUCCAGACUUGGGAGGGCAAGCAACUACAACAGAUGUAAUGCAGAAUAUUAUCAAAGAAGUUGUGGCCAACACACAGUUAUAAAAACUCCUUCAUCUGAGAUAUUUAUUGGUAAUCCUGUAACCUUCCCCUCUGAAGGUUGAAUAUGGAGUACUUGGUGUUCUGCAGUUUCUUUUGUGUAGUCAUGUAGGUUUGUAGGUACAGUGAUAUAUGUUUAAGUUGCACUUCCUGCUUCUUCCUAACAAAUUUCAGAGUACUGUUUUAUAUCCUAUGUCUUAUGUACUGUUUGUUAGGGUUUAGAGCAAGAACAACAACAAUGAAUUGUUGGGCAAGAUCUGGUUCCAUGUCGUUAACUACAGUUUACCCAACUGAUUUUUGAAGCACAAUGUAAGGUGGUUUUAGCUGAUAUUUUUGUCCAAUUGGAAAGUUAACAAUUUGUUUAGUUUAUUGAUAUGUUAUGACUGUAUUAUGUAAAGCCUAAUGUUUUUUGGUAAGAUAUAGAAACUCUAGAGUUAACGAUGUUUUGUAAGGUGCUUAAUCGACAAGAUUCUUAUAAAGAUUUGCUAAGUUAUUUAAUAUAGAAUUACCAGAGUGAUAUUUUAAAGUACAUA